AUGAGCCUCGGCAGCAUUGCCCACCUACAAUACUAUUUCGCUCGAACGGGCUUACUCGAUGGCAAGGGAGGGCAGAUGGCUAAGAAAAAACAGAAUGGAGAAUACGAUAUACCCAAGUCAUCGUUAUCGGUUGAUCAGGAGCUGGUCGAGUCGCCCGUUGAAGAUGAGGCUCAAGCCUUGUGGGAAGCCGCCCAGGAAGACGGUGCCGACGUGAUGCUACCACCUACGGUAUCCACAUAUAGCCAUCGCUCAACAUUCGUCGCCCCGCCCCCGGACCAGAAAACCAUGAAGAAGGAACUGGUCGAGGCACUCGAGAAUGCAUUGCAGGCGGUUGAAUCGUGCGAACAGUCAAGCACCGAGGGGACUGAGCACCAAGCCCAAGGGUUCUAUGAGAUACAGGGAUUGCAUGUUCUCGACACGACAACACAGGCGAUCCGUGCCGCACGGCUCUACUACACACUUCAUCCCAACCCCCAAAGAUUGAACUCAAUCAGGUCUGACCAAGAACUCCGCAAGGACCUCUAUUCCGUACUGGACGUCCUCAAGAAAUGUGCUUCACGGAAUUUCGCGGGUGGUUUUCGCGAGGAUGAAAGACUUGCGGUCUUGGUCUGGGUCUCCGAUGUGGGCAUGAUGAUCGAUCGAGAAGCCAAGAUGGAGGAGGCUGAGAGGACUGAGAGAAAGGACUGGCACUGGAUGGAUGACGCCAAAUGGGUCGGCCGAGAGCGGGAAAGGGAUGUCAAUCUGCUCAAAUUCUUGCUUGAGGGAAAGGGCCAGAGUCCACCAGUCGAGAGGCCUGAGGAGACGCCAGAAUUCUUCCGCAACCUCGCAGACGGCAAAGACCUCGUGAAGAUGCACAAUGCAGCCGUCAAACGAUCCAAGAGGCAGUUCGACUUCAUCAAAAGCUUUCAUGAGGAUGUGGCUAAGCCUUACCGACGUGCCGACAACCUUCGAUUCUGGCUGAAAGCAGCUGAAUUAAGAUGGGAGCUCAAGCUCCAACUGGACGUGAUGGCUGUGGCCAACCAGGUCGAGACCAAUGCAACCUGGUCUUCAUUCGAAGAUGUCGUGCGCCAAUGGAGUCGUGGAGUUCGAGCUGAACUCACCAAAGAUUGGAAUGGGGAGGAGGAGCGCAGACUGCAUGCUCGUGCGCGCAGUUUGGCGAUGGCGAGCCCCUUGUCGAGUCCUCAGCGGAAGACAUCUCCUGCUCCGCCUCUCCCUGCUUUGCCGAAACGAAUCGUCCCUCCCAGCCCACUGGCCAGUCCCUCGCGGACGCCGGACAUUCCAGAAAGCCCCACACUGAAGAAGGUGUUCACGGCUUGUGUUGAAGAGGCCUGA